AGCUAAACUUAGGUUUUGUGCAAAAAUCCGCGACGCGAAUUCGUCAGUUAAUCUCGUAAGCAUUACCGCUGCCGCCGCCUCUACCGUCAAACAGCCGUCGCUGCUGCUGCAGUACGGUCAUCAUUAUCAUCGUGGAUAUCGUUAUGGUCUAUCGGCGAUAUCGGAGGACGAUUUAACGCGACGCUAAACGAGGACUCGUCGACCGAGAGAGCGAACCAUAACAAUUGAAUCGUUUGACCCGUUUUAAUUGGCAAGUUACACCGUUGCGAACGGGAUGCUCGCCAGUAAACGAAGCGCUUACUAGUUCAGAGUGCUGUGGAUUCUAUCGGAGGAGAGUCGUCGCACAGAGUUCGUUGGCUUUCGUGAUAUUCGCGCAAACGUUUACACACCUGGCUGGAAGUUGUUCGAUUCGACGAUAAAUCCAUAAACGCGACGAUCGAGCGUAAAAUUUGGAUUGGUGGUUUUCGAUUCGUCUAAUUCGGCGAGAUUCGGUUUGCUCGAUUCUCGGUUCUCGGAUCCCGAGUCGCCACGACCUUCCGCCUUUUUCGCCUUGGACGCGCAGUAAGAUUGAAAAAAUGGUGACGAAUAGUGGAAGCAAUGGAAAAAUAUCGACGAUAACCGUGAGAACCGAUGACACGGAUGAAACAGGGGACGUCGACAAAGCUAUAUCGGCAACAGGCUAUGGUAUGUUCAACGUGAUGCUGUUUCUCGCGGCUCUGCCGGUCGCGUGGACCGGCAUCUUCGAUACCACCACGACCGCCUUCAUCAUAGCUUCCGCCGAGUGCGAUCUCAGGCUCACUUUCUUUGACAAAGGUGUUCUUUGCGGGUUCCCGUUCCUAGGUAUGGCGUUGACCAGUUUCCUCUGGGACCACUUAACACCGCAUGUCGGAAUGAGAAAUUUGUUCAUCUUCGGCCUCCUAGUGGAUUGCAUUCUAAACUUACUCGCUAGCGCUAUCGAUUCUUACUACGGGUUUCUGGUCAUCAAGUUCUUCAACGGUGUUCUCGCGGGAGGACCGUUCUCGAUGGUUGCCACGUAUCUUUCUGAAUUUCACUCCCCAAGCUACAAGGCCAGUUUCACCAGAUGGGGAAACCUCGCUAUAAACGUAGCGAUCAUUAUCCCAGCAGUCCUCGCUUUUCUGAUCACUCCUCUGCCGUUGACCAUCAACGUGUUCAAUCAACGAUACACCGCUUGGCGGAUUUACUUGUUGGUCUGUUCGAUUGUACCAGUUCUCGGUCUCGUAACAGCUAGCAUGCUGCCUCAGAGUCCCAAGUUCCUCGUAGAGAACGGUAAACUCGACGAAGCUCUGAUGCUGCUUAAAAGAAUGUACUCCGUUAACAGAAGGAAGCCAGCCGACACAUUUCCGAUUAAAACGCUACUCGUAUGGCCAUCGUCGCAGGGCUCCGUGUUUAAAACGAAUUCCGAAAAAAUACGACUCGCCUAUUACAACACAAAACUUUUAUUCUCUUCUCCGUAUCUGCGAGUCUUUAUGUUUCUAAAUUUUCUCCAAUUCGGUAGCAUGCUGGGAUUUAACACGAUGAGACUUUGGGUGCCGCAUCUCUUCACCAUUCUGAAUAAUUUCGACUACGAGAGGUGGACCGAGGACCGAGCGCCGACCAUACGCGAAAUGUUGGAUCGUCGAAUGUCGGUUCCAGCCAGAGAUUACUUGGACUACCCAGAUUUCAACAACAUCUGCAUAACGUGGAAAAUCAAAGCGGUGGUAUACCAAAAUUCCUCCAUCAUCGCAGUCUCGGCAGUCGUGUUUUCGUUCCUCGCUGGCAUGGUAUACACUUCAAAGUUUAGGAAGAAAAUAAUAAUGCUUGCCGCUUUCUUUAUAUCGGUGAUAAGCAGUUUUGGAAUAAACUGGGCGCAAUCAACUCCCUAUAUGCUGACACUGGCAGCCGCUAUAAUCGUGACGACAAGGAUAACGGGUAAUAUCGUUACCGCCAUGAACAUCGACGUUAUUCCUAUUCCAUUAAGGUCCACCAGUUUGAACGUGCUCGUCACCGUUGGGAACAUAGCAGCUGUUUUGGGAAAUUUUAUUUUCUCCGCGUUAUUGGACGUGGAGUGUUUGGUCGGGUUCAUGGGAAUAGGCUGUUUAUUACUCGUCUGCUUUUGCCUGUCUUUCUUCCAUCCAAGGCCUGUUAAGAUGUCGGAGAAAAAUCAUUCUAUGUCCAACGCGUAACCCGUUAGCGACCGGACGAAACUCGAAACGAAGGGAAACGAACUACAUACGAAAUGUAAACGAAACGAAAGGAAAUAACGCAGAUUUCCGUAGCUUGUCAAGUUUGGCGUAAUGUGAAAAAGAGCCACGCCGAAGAGAAUGCUUUUGCUCUGUGUGCAACUGUGAUAUCUUUGCAAUCCGUUUCGAAGUUCCAUUCGGAGCCAGGCCAGGUCGCACUUUUCUAUCCACGUUUCACGUGCAAAUCGAACGAUUUUUAUGUUACUUCUAUCCGAGUAUCGAAUUACUGUAAAUAUAGUAUUUUUCUAAUUGGAUUAAAAGACGUAGUUUCUAA